CGUGAAGCUUUAGCAGCUUUGGCUAGUAAAGAAGAUUUUGCUUCUGUAAAUUUACGUAAAUCUGCAGAAUCAUCACCUUCAUUGCUCCCUCCCUACAAAGAUUUGAUGUUAUUACACAUUAAAGGACGCAGACGAGUUCAGACUAGACUUGUACCACCUAUUGUUGAUUCUGUUAAUCAAGGAGAUUCCUAUGUUCUGGUCACAGCGUCUCAAAUUUUUGUAUGGAUUGGAGAAUUAUCAAAUGUGAUUGAACGGUCUCAUGCUGCUAAAAUUGCUCAAAGUAUUUUUGAUAAAAAAGAUUUAGGUUGUAAAGGAGCUACUCAAAUUAUUACAGUUAAUAGUGAUUCAUCAUUACCUAACACACAACAAGAAAAAAAAUUUUGGACUUUUUUGGGUGUGAACUCUAAUGAAACAUCAUAUAUCAAAGGUUUAAUGACUUUGAAAUUCUUUGUUAAUAUAAUAUAUUAAUACAUAUAGAGUGGA